ACCGGCCUCAGCGUCGAUGGCUGUGCUUGAUCCGACUACGGUGAAGCUUCGGUUGCAUGGAACCAACGGCGUGGACGUGAGGUGGUUCGGUGCGGAAUGGGUCACCGAUGCCGCCAUCCGAUCGCUUGUGACUAAGGCUCUGGGGCUGUUGGUUGGCCCGGAUAUCGUUUGCAGACAUCCUUGCGAUGGAAGCUUCGUAGCUCUGGGAGCAGCACUCCCAGACGGGUUGUUGCUAAACGUGCACGUCUCGGCGGCAGGGCGUAGGUCGACAGGAGUCUUCCGGAAGCAGCUCAUCAAAUUUGAGAAUAUCCAGGCACACCUGGCAAACGAGCGGACGUGGCUUGCCUGGGUUCGCACAUCACUCUCUGCACUCUCAGUUGCAUUUUCACUCCUGACGCUUGUCGGAGAUAGUAGGGAAUCGUGGCUCGCUGUCGUUCUCUUCCUCCUCGGUAGUGGAUUCAUCGUCUCCGUAUUCACGGCAUUUCUCACCGGCUGGCUGAGAUAUGCCCGUAUUCGUGAUGUUCUUAUGCUCACAAAGAGGGAGGUACCAGCUCACUUUCAUCGAAUCGGUGUAAGGCACCAGGCUCGACUGAUGGGGCUCUUGUUUAUCUUCCUCACCGCGACGUAUCUGUGCGCUCCCUCCGAGCUUUCAUGAGUCGCAUCGCUCCAAGAUCUUUUAAAACAAGCAGACCUCGUUCUACGGCUUCAACACGGAGGCCCCAGUCAAGCGACACAACGCAUGGCGAGGAACCGAGCUAGCAUGGAAAUACAUCAGCCAGCUGCUCGACAGGUUCCAGAUCAACUAACGGCACCGGGAAAGCCUGAACCCCAGGCCUAAACUGGAAUCCCUCUGGCCCCCUUGGCAAAAAUGGCCGAAUAUAUCACAUCAAGUCAAUUGAAGCUCGCAAAGUGCGUUUUUGCAUCGACUUGGACGCGUCACAGGCGUGGGUCUCGGGUUCGGGUCGGGGAAACGCAAAAGGGCGACUUCAACACCGCCGCUCACGCCUACGGGGGGCCUCAGAGGCGCCGCCCACGCGACCCGCCCCAAGCCACACGUGUGCCAGAACCCCUUCGCGGACCCGAAAUACCCCAAGCACCUUACGUACGAUUUGCGAUUUCCCCAAAUGCCCCUCGUGCUUUAUUUCUCCACGGUUUAUGCUAAGAGGAAUUGCGGGGCUGCACCU